GGUGGUUGUAUGUUGCAGUGAAGUUCUACAUAUAUAUCCAGGAUAUGCUAACUACUGAAAUGUUGCUACAGUCCAGUCCAGAGGUGGUUGCACUUCAGUGAUGGUUGAAAUGAUUUCUGGAUUGCCAGAUUUUGCCCUGGUUUGUGUGCUUGAGGCUUGCACACAAGAGGUUCCAGUCUGUGAUGAUGGACAACUGUUUCCCAUCCCUAGCAUCCCUCAAUGGGAUCGUAUCUCCCAUGUUGUUUGAUGUCCAGGGUAUGGGUCUGAUCAAAAAAUCCUAGUCCAGUCAGUGGGAAUCUUUCUUUGACUUCAAUGGGCUUUGGAUAAGAGUGUAUGUGAGGCCUCUUGAUGAGAGCAUUUCUAAACUCGGGGUUAGACGAUCCUCAGGAGAGAUUAGAUACACAGCUGGGUAUCUCUUGCCCAGGAAUGCUGCAAAGUCUCUCUGUACUCUGGAGAAAUACAGCGGGAUGUCAGAGCCUCCUUGUCCUCAGCCCUAGAAAAAGAGACGAAUGUGACCGGCGGGUAGAACUUGUCAUUGUGAGGAGACAGAAUCGUCCUUUCCGUCUUACCCAGGGGACUGACUGGGAAGCAACGAGUCUCGGCAUCGUUCAGUUUUACUCUGACCCAGAAAGGCGCUGGGGGAGGGCCAGGCUCAGCAGCCCGGGCCGUGGGCGGUGCUCGGUGUCCAUGGGAACUGGGUGUAAGCGGAGCGUGCGCCGCAGCUCCCCUUCUCUCCCGGCCGCCAUCAUGAUGCUGGGCCGCGGGCUGGACGCCAGGGAUAAUCAAACUAGACAAGUACGAGAGGCUGUUUCAAAUGUGGAAAAACAUUUUGGUGAAUUGUGCCAAAUAUUUGCUGCAUAUGUACGUAAAACUGCUAGACUACGAGACAAAGCAGACCUUCUAGUAAAUGAAAUAUACGCAUAUGCAGCUACAGAGACACCAAGCUUAAAACUUGGAUUGAAAAAUUUUGCAGAUGAAUUUUCCAAACUUCAAGAUUAUCGCCAAGCAGAGGUUGAAAGGCUUGAAGCCAAAGUUGUUGACCCUCUGAAAAGUUACGGGACCAUAGUAAAACUUAAAAGGGAUGAUCUCAAAGCAACUUUAACAGCAAAGAAUCGAGAGGCUAAACAGUUAUCUCAACUGGAAAGGACACGUCAGAGGAAUCCAUCAGAUCGACACAUUAUUUCACAGGCUGAAAGUGAUCUACAGAGAGCUUCGAUGGAUGCAACUCGAACAAGUCGGCAGUUGGAGGAAACUAUUGACAAUUUUGAGAAACAGAAAAUAAAGGACAUAAAGAGCAUAUUUUCUGAAUUUAUAACUAUUGAAAUGUUAUUCCAUGGAAAAGCUUUAGAGAUUUACACUGCUGCCUACCAAAAUAUACACAAUAUUGAUGAGAAUGAAGAUUUAGAGGUUUUUCGGAGUUCACUGUAUCCACCAGACUAUCAGUCUCGUUUAGACAUAGUCCGUGCAAACUCAAAAUCCCCCCUUCAAAGAACUGGUUCAUCAAAAUUUUCAUCUGGAAUAAUACAGUACAAGAAUGCUGGCAAACCCUCAUGGAACUCACAUGAACAGUGCUUUACAUGAUGAAGGAUCCAUUACAUGGCAUCAGAAGAACUAACAGUUAUUACAAAAACUCAGAACUGUUUUAAAAUACAGUAAUAACCCACAACUCUGUAUAGUUUAGAGCUAUCAGUAAGAGUGCCACUAUCACGAUUGAGAUUUUUUACACUACUUGCAAUGAAUUAAACUGUGUAUUAAUAUUUACUGUUUGAAUUGUAAGAAGGCAGAUACAAUAGGGAACUCAUGCAUUAAAAUGAUACUGUGGGGGUCUCUGACAGUCAGAUAAAAGACAGGGUAGACUUUUAAGCAUCUAAAUUCUAUCAGUUCCGUUUUGUAAAUCUCCCACUCAAUUUAAUUAAUCAUGUUUUUUGAUCUUGUUAUAUCUUAUAAUGCAAAAUACAUCACAAAUAGAGGGAACCUAACUUAUUUUGUGAACUACAAAAGAAACAAGAAGCAACCUCACUUUCUAUUGCUCAUUUCAAUUUUAAAAGUAGCAGCAUACUACUUAGAAAAGCAUUCUAAACAUCGAGAUUUAAGCCAAGGUCUUUGUCAUUCCUAUAGGAAAAGGUCAGUAAAUAACUGGAUGUAACUGAGUAGGUGCCACUGACAUGCUGCUCAGAUGUUAGUAAGUCUGUACAGCAUGGUCACUGAACUAGCUUGCAUUUAAGAAUUUUGUUGUAACUACCAACUUAUUCCUAAUAAUAAUUUCAAGAAUGUGGAUAUGGGACACUAAAAAACCCAUAUCCUACUUUCACUCUCCACUAUUGACAAUAUAUUACGCUGAGACAGAACAGAAAAUCCCACCAGAUUUUGAACAUAGAUUUCAGAGGAGCGGUUCUCAACCCAGCUGUGUGCUAAAAAAAAUUCAAAAUUUGUCGCUCUGGUCUGGUGGGGGGAAGGGCUGGCUGAGGGAAGGACAGUGCCUGGCAGCCUACAGGAGCGCUCCUAACAGCAGGGGGCUGGUAAGUGCCGCAGGGGUGCAGGAGAGUAGGUCUCUGGGCAGGUUGGGGGGGGGGGUUCACGUGCUUGGAACUAGGAGUUUGCAGGGGUCUGCAGCACCCCCAGGUUUUAGAUGGGCUCUGCUCCUGGACCCGUACCUCGGGCCUGGCUGACUACCUGCACCAGGUGCUCCGCUCCUAGCUAGCCGCCAGGCACCCCGGCUACCUGGCUCCAUGUGGCAGGCUCCUGGGGUCCAGGUUGCGGGGUCUGGCUGCUGGCCCCACACAACAGGUCCUGGGGUCCAGCUGCUGGGUCCCGCGCCCAAGGUUGCUAUCCCGCCCUGUGGAGGGGUCUCUGGGUGGAGGGCACUGGGCAUACAGGACUGUGGGAAAUUUGGGGGAGGGGGCAGGGGGCGGAGGCACUGUGGUUCUCAACCUACAGCCCACAAUGAUAAAUAGGUUGAGAACCAGUUUUAGAGUCAAAAGUGACCAACAUGUGCAAAGAGCAGUGUAUACUGAAUAUCUAUUUUUCACCCCUUCCAUGAAUGAUGGUCAGCAUGAUUCUGACCAAGGGUUCGAUAAAUAAGUGUACACAAAGAAAUUUUAAACAGGUAAUCCACAUAGCUGUAAAUCCUUUUAUUUAUUUUUUUAAAAGUUGCACAGCCAGCUAACAUGAACAGGAAACUAAUUUUAUGAGAAUAACUUGAGAUGCCUGUGACCACGUGAAACUGAACAAGACUAAACAGUUUACACAUAAGAAAUUCACUCAUGUUUACAGUUUACCUAUUCUAAAAUAUAUAUAGGGUUGACUAUAGCCCCAAGGAUAUUUAGUAAUGAAGGUGGCACUGAAAUUGUUCUCUUUGACUAGUCUGUACAACCAUGUCAGCCAGCAGUUUUACGUUUUCAAAUGAUGCAAAGAGUCAUGGAACCAUUGAAUGAAAGCACAACUAAAAAAAACCCCAAAUGCAUUACAACUCCAUGUUUGCAUGUCUCAAUAUCAAGAACAAAGUCAACGGACAAUCCAUUAGGAUUACUGAGCCCUCCAUCUGCCAUAAAAAUAAAAAUAAGCAUAGUACACUUCUAAGAUGUCUUCUAAAAAACCUUACAGAUGUCAAUUUGAACCAAUGCAAAAUAACUAAACAUGACACUAUUUAUAACUUCCUCUCUUUAUGGAAACUGUUUCUUCUGCAUCUUCCAGUAACAAAAAAC